UCGUCACAAGCUCAUGGUCUAAUUGUUCCAAAAAGUCAGCAAUGAUUUUGACUUUUGUCUUUAUUGUCGGCUUUACCAUAGCUGUUCAUGGACAAGCACCAUGUCCCAAAGAAGUGGACCACUGUAUUCACCCGUGUCACGUGGUCCAGACGUUCGGUAACCAAGGAUGUAACCAGUGCGCAGACGGAUAUGUGCGCAUCUUUAACCCCAAGCACUUCAACCGGUCUUCUGGUUUCUCCUUCGGCAUGCAGGAUUAUAAAGGUGUGAUGGUUCUGGUCUCUCAGAGUGUGACGGAGCCCGAGUACUACUGCACUAAGGGUCCCCUGUGUCCAGAUGGCUGGUACAGGCACACGGAAGAAGGGGAGCUUCUCUGCGCAGGCUGUGCCCCAGGGUGCGUCAAGUGCAGCACGAGGAACGUGUGUGACGCAUGCAAAGAUUAUUGCGUGUUGUCGCAAGGCAAGUGCACCAUGUGUACUUAGCCAUGAUCAACUGACGUGUACUCGCAUUCUCCUGGUGUUUGUAUUUGUAUUGACGGUUGUACAUAUAAACAGGCGGAGUAGGCA